AUGCUGCGCUACAGCUCGGGGCUCACGGUCACCGCCACCACCCCCCGGAGGCCGCCCGGCGACAGCGGCCGCUCCCGGCGGAAGAUGAAUGUGUGUAGGCUACGCUUAACAGUGCCACCUGAUGAAGUGUCACAGCCUGAAGAGGGACCAAAAGAAACUGAGAGAAAGAAAAGUCUCUACCAUGUACCAAAUGGGAUGUCUCCAGGGAAGCUCUCUCAUGGGAUGGUGUAUGGUGUUGUGCACCGAACUGACAACAACCAUAAGAGAGAAAUGGUGGUUUAUGGCUGGUCAGCUGAUCAGCUGAAAGAGGAGAUGAAUUACAUUAAAGAAGUGAGAGCAACUCUGGAAAAAGUAAGAAAGAAAAUGUAUGGUGAAUAUGAUGAAAUGAAACGAAAAAUACAGCAGCUUACAAAUGAACUGAAAGUGACAAAUGCUCAUCAGGAGUCCUUAGAGAAUCAUGUGCGAGUGCAGGCUGCAGCCUUAGAUAGCUUUAGUGAAAUGAACAGCUCCUUGACAUCAGCAUCAAUAGACUUGCAGAAAACUCUAGUGGAUGUUACAUUGGAGAACACAGACAUAAGGGAACAAAUAAGGAAUUUAAAACAUACACAUGAGCAAUCUAUGGAAAAGCUGAGAGAGAAGCAAAAGCAACUGGAAACGGCACAAAUUGAAAAUCAGUUACUGAAGUUAAAGGUGGAAUCAUCGCAGGAAGCCAAUGCUGAAGUCAUGAGAGAGAUGACCAGAAAGCUGUAUAGUCAGUAUGAGGAAAAAAUGCGGGAAGAGGAACAGAAACACAAGGCUGAGAAAGAUAUGCUCCUGGAGGAAACAAAUCGGCUUCUGAAGGCUAUUGAAGAGGCAAAUAAGAAGAUGCAGAUUACAGAAACAAGCAUACAGGAGAAAGACCAGAGAAUUGGUGAGCUGGACCGGCUGAUUGAACGCAUGGAAGAGGAACGUCACCAGCUGCAAAAACAACUUGAAUUAAAUGAACUACAAAUAUCUGGAGCAAAAUCUGAAAACAACUCUGACAGUGAAAGGUCGCAGCAUUUGGAGGAGGUAGCAGCCAGCUUGAGAGAGCGGAUCAAACAUCUGGAUGACAUGGUCCACUGCCAGCAGAAGAAAGUCAAGCAUAUGGUUGAGGAGAUUGAAAUGCUAAGGAAGAAAGUAAAAGAAAAGGAAUUAUUUAUAAUACAGCUUUUAGACAAAAUCUCUUUCUUAGAAUGUGAGAAUAAAGAAUUACAAGAUAAACUGGACUACUUAAUGGAAAACCAACAAAAGACCAAUAUAGAAACCAGAGAUACUGCUGUAGAAUGUGAUCUUCCAUACAGGAAGUUCAUUGCUCGGCUUCCAGAUAAGGGUAGGAAGAUCUCUGAUUUUGCUGAAAAGCUGAAGCUUGCCAUUUUGCAAGAGGAAGAAGUAGCCAGGACAGCUGAGCUGUUAUCUGCUGUCAGAUUGGAAUUUCAGGCAAAACAGGAGGAGAUUAAUACAAGCAAACAGGAAGUUGUCCUAACUGAGGACACAGUGAACCGUGCAGAUUCCUCAGUCUUUAAUGAAAACUCUCACAUUAAGGACAUUUCUGACACUUCUGCUGAAAGGCAGGAGGCAGAAUGUAUUGAAGAAGAUGCCACAAAUACAGCUUUGGAAAAUCAAAGGACUCAGAGGAAAAAUAAUGAAGUAAAAACUGUUGCAAAGGAUCAGAAUCGUUUUUGUGAAGAUGUCUCCAAGUCAGCCACAAGCAAUCACCUGAACAAUGAUCAGCAAGUCUCCCAGAGCAAUAGUGAGGAUGGGACAGAAAGUCCAGCUGCUUUGGACAAUAGUAAAGAAGCCUUGGUUGAUGCCUUUCAAAGAGUAACAAUUGGAGAUGAGGAAAACAGUGAAAAAAUAUUGGGAAAAGAGCAGGAUGUGGCAAAACAUAAGGGCAGUGUAUUUGGAAGCCAGCAUCCCAAAACACCACAUUACAUUGAAGUUCUAGAGGCCAGAGCCAAGAAUCCAGUCAUAAAAAAACCCAAAUUUAAACCAAACGCACUGUCAGGAGAGCAGAGUGGAUCAUCUCAUGGUUCCUCAUCCAGUCGAUCACCCGGGGGAUUUGGCUCUCCAGUUCCUCCAGAAGAGAGAAGACUCAGAGAUAAGAAACAUUUGGAUGACAUCACAGCAGCUCGACUGCCACCACUUCACCACUCCCCUGCCAAGUUGUUAUCCAUAGAGGAAUCCAUAGCAAUUCAGAUACAGCAAAAGGAAGCUUAUGAGGAAAUGCAAGCCAAGCUUGCAGCACAGAAGCUUGCAGAGAGACUGAAUAUAAAAAUGCUCAGGUUUGAACCAGAGGGGGAGGCCUCAAUGCAGUACAGAGAAGUGAGAGAUGAAGAUUAUUUUUCAGCAGAAGACUGAACAGGGUGUCUGUGGAUGAGCUGUGUAACUGAUCUUUAUGUAGUACUUCUUAAAACCCAAACCUGAAUAUUGAGAAUGCUUCAUCUAGUCUGUUUUUUCUUAAAAUUUUCACAUGACAGCUCCAGGAAAGGUUCAGUAUAGACAUCAUAAAUAUACAUGUCACAAUUAUUUAUCAGUCUUCUUUGGGGACUGUUUUUUGAGCACUUGGGGCAGUUAAUUCUUGUGGAAUGCCCCACAGUUCUCAGCUUUAGCAAAGUAAGCUCUCCAGUACAGUUUUGCAGGCUAGGAUGGGUCAGCUAUAAGAGAAAGUUUCUUCUGUGCAGAAGUGUGAUUGCAAAGGGCUUUGGCACAAAACAUGUCCAUAAAGUAAGCUGAGGUGCCUGUGGACUGCUGACAUGUAUGAAAGCCCUUGUAUAAAUGUGAACUACUUCUUUUACCUAUUUAAUAUUACCUUUCAUGGUUUUGGUGAAAAUACCUACCCAGAGAGUUAAAAUAAAUACCUGAUCUUUAGGUGUAAGGUAACUUCUUACCAUAUGAGAACUUGUUUCUCUGCCUGCACCUUAAAAUAACACUUGCUGCCCCUAUGUUGUAAAUAUCUAAGAAUUUAAAGUUACUUUGUAACUCAAAUUCUGUUUGGGCUUUAAGGGACUCUGCUGUUUGGUUUUUGGUUAUUAUGGCAAAGCACAUCAAGAGAUCAAGUUCAUCUGAAGACUUUACUAUUUUUAUUAAAGAUUUUUAUGGUUUUCUGUA